AACGCGCUGCUACUCACCGCGUAACAGACGCAUAUAUUCAGAGUUUUCUUCUCCGUACUCUCUAACGAUGUCUCCUUCUCCGCCCAUUCCCAAGGCCGCGCUUUACUACUACAAGCCGUCCAUCUGGGCUUCUGUUCCUCUUCUCGCGCUUGAAGAGAAGGGCUAUGGACCCGACGAAGUUGAUUUGAAGGAGGUCGAUCUCUCCAAGGGAGAGAAUUUCAAGCCUCAAUACCUGCGACUGAACCCUAAUGCUACGGUCCCAACCUUGGUCGUACCGCUUGAGAAUACUCUAAGCUCGGAGAUUGAGAGCCGAUACAAAGCUAUCCAGAACACCAAGGCGAUUGUGGAAUUGCUCGACAAGUCGCGCUCGUCACGAUCGCACACGCAUACUACCUCGUCCGCGCCUGCACCCGCUUUGACACCUGCCACGAUUGCUUUCUCGGCAGCCUCCAACAAGAUCAUUGAUAUUCUGCAUUCCGAUAACGCAGACCCCAAUGCCCUUGUCUACGUCAAUGCCAGGGACGACGCCUCUCUGAAGGAACUUGCGAAGGAAGUUCUGCCCAAAGUCAUUGCAAAACGUAAGACACUGGAGGAGUUGAUCGAGGGGAACGAGACUUCUCAAGUACCCGUGUCAGAGAAGACGCUGAAAUUCUGGGAGUUGAAGAUGUACGCAAUGGACGGCAUCCUAGCAGUCUUCAAGGAUGCGGAUACGCCAAUGGAUCAACUCAGUGCAGAGGCAAAGAAGAUCAGAGAGGAGUACUACAAUGCAGCCAACAAUGCUUGGUCAACUUUGAAGAAUGUCUUACUUCAAGUUCACAAGGAAAUUAUUGGGCCUUACACCCUUGGCGACCAACUGUCCAUCGCAGACCUCCAUCUUGCAGCGUGGCUGGCACGUAUUGCCAAGUUGUCUGGAGCCAAUGCCGCUGAGGACGGCAACACCGUGACGAGGAAGAUUGAGGCACAUAUUGGAGGUUUCAAAUUGCCAAAGGAUUUUUCUGUUACUGAGGCAAGACGUCGGGCGGGGCUCCCUACAGCCGAUAUUCAAUCCACGGAGCGACAAAACAGAUUCGCUGCAUUCUGGGAUGCAAUGAAGGAGCGCCCGAGUUGGAAGAAGGUAUAUAGCGAUGGGUUACACUAACUUCUGUGGAUCACUUUGAUUCUGUAGUGCGGUGGGUUCUGAAUGAAUAUGUGGAUAUAGCGGAAGGAUUGUAGCAGUACUUCUCAUGUAGUUGUAUGAUACGUAGUAAUAAGAGCGUGGAGAGCUAUCUGCGAUGGGCUCAGGCAACAACUGACCCCAGUGGGAGGCGGCAGAAACUUCACCAAAAGCGGUGCAGUGAUGUUAGUGUAAAUGUUGCCGGUGCGUAUGUUGCACCUUAACAUAUAUCCUUC